AAUAAAAGGCCGCUGUUUCACAAGCCCAAAGCCGAAGAAAAAUCCAAUUAUAUUCUAUCUUCUUCUACGAGAUGUUUUAAAAACCAUGAAAUUAAUUGAUCAGCUACUAAACCUCCACAGACGACAACCAAUUUCUUGACUUUCUUCAUAUAACCAUGGCAGCAUUAAUACAGAUUUCCGUCAACUUCUCAUAUGCACACCCUCUCCCCACAUACAGUUAUUCUACCAAGAAACUUGGUUCGUAUAGGUUAAAGUUUUUACAACCCAUCAAUUAUCGUUCAACCUCGACAAUAAAGAUUAAUUCUUUUCACAAAGAUUGUUUCAAGACGGAUGCUUCUAGGGAAAAUUUGCCAUUUCUAGGAGUGGGCAGAGGCAAAUAUGGGAUUUCAGUGAGUAGGGGCAGGAGGGUGGUCUUGGUGAAGUUUAAUAACGGCUUUAAUGGUCUCGGCGGAGGCAGUGGCAGCGGCGGAGGCGGCGGCGGCGGUGGAAGAGUUAGCGGUGAAACGGCAAGGACUGUGGGAAAUCUUGCUUUGGCAAUUUUACUUACUUAUCUUUCAAUGACUGGGCAGUUGGGUUGGCUUCUUGAUGCUAUUGUUUCCCUUUGGCUUCUUGCAGUGCUUGUACCAAUUGUGGGUAUCGGAGCUUUUCUAUGGUGGGCAGGUCGAGAUAUUAUCCAAAGCAAUUGCCCAAACUGUGGAAACGAAUUCCAAGUAUUCAAAUCUACUUUGACUGAUGAACUGCAGUUGUGUCCAUUCUGUAGUCAACCAUUUUCAGUGGAGGGUGAUGAGUUUGUCCCAGAACCAGUGAAGUUUUCCAACCAAUCCACAAUAUUUGAUCAACCAUUUGACAACUUCAAUCCCCGUACGAAGAAAGGAAAAGGUUCAUCUGUUUCUGUAGUGGAUAUUGAAGCAGAAGUAAGAGAUGCCGAGUGAAACAAACUCUAGGCUUGUAUUAUAUUUGUUGUCGUAGCUAGAAGAUCAGCAAUUUCCUCACGGCCCCAACGUCGACCCCUUCGCCUGUGAAGUGAAGAUGCUUCAUGUUGUAUAUAAUACAUGAAUGAAUGUGCUCAACUAGACUUUGCUAUAAACAGCUUCAUCUAUUGUAUUCAUUGAUUACGUAGAGCAUGGAGUUCCUAGUAUAUAGCUGAGUUCCUAGAGUCAAGUUUCGUCUGUUUAUGUUAUGUAUUUGUCUUACUGCAAUAGCCCCUUUGGUAAAGUGAAUUUUUUUUUUUUU